CGCUGAUUGGUUUAAAACGAACCAGGUUUUCUAUUAAUGAAGACGGUGAAUUGAGAGCAGGUUUCGAUCACAGCCGCUCAUGAGAGGAGUGAGGACCAACAUGAAGCCCGGGGCUGGUGAAGACACAGACGAUUAAAUUGUGAGCGAGACAGAGGCGGCCUCCAUUAGCUGAAGCACCAAGGACGUGGUCAGGAUGAGCGACGGUCCAAGGAAACGGAGCAGCAGCGGCAGCAGUGGUGGAGGUGGAGACAGAGGGAGUCUCUCUGAACCCCUGAGAGCGCCAUCUGCUGGAGGGAAGGAUGCCGAAAACUCUGUGGUAGCUUUGAAGAAACAAAUCGGUCUUGGUAGCGCUUGUGCCAUUAUCAUAGGUAACAUCAUCGGCUCAGGGAUCUUUGUCAGUCCGAAAGGCGUCCUGGAGAAUGCCAGCUCAGUGGGCGUGUCCCUGAUUGUAUGGUUCUUGUCUGGAGUCAUCACGGCUGUUGGCGCCCUGUGUUACGCAGAGUUGGGCGUGACCAUCCCCAAAUCUGGAGGAGACUACUCCUACGUCAAAGACAUUUUCGGUGGCCUUGCUGGGUUCCUCCGUCUGUGGACCGCCGUGUUCAUCGUCUACCCCAGUAACCAGGCAGUGAUUGCUCUCACCUUCUCCAACUACAUACUGCAGCCCCUCUUCCCCUCCUGCCUCCCACCAGAGAGUAGCAUCUCUCUGCUGGCUGCAGUCUGCCUCUUGCUGCUGACGUGGGUGAACUGCCACAGUGUGCGAUGGGCCACUUGUGUUCAAGAUGUCUUCACUGCAGGGAAGCUCUUGGCCCUGGGCCUCAUCAUUGUCAUGGGUGUGGUCCAGAUUUGCAAAGGUCACUAUGACUGGUUGGAACCAAAACACGCCUUUGAGACGUUCCGUGACUACGACGUGGGACUGAUCGCCCUGUCCUUCCUGCAGGGAUCCUUCGCUUAUGGAGGCUGGAACUUCCUCAACUACGUCACCGAGGAGUUGGUGGAUCCUCACAGGAACCUCCCUCGUGCCAUCUUCAUCUCCAUCCCUGUGGUCACCUUCGUGUUCGUCUUCGCCAACGUGGCCUACAUCACAGCCAUGAGCCCACAGGAGCUGCUGGCCUCGAACGCUGUCGCUGUGACAUUUGGAGAGAAAUUGUUGGGAGUCAUGUCAUGGAUCAUGCCCAUCUCUGUGGCUCUCUCCACCUUUGGGGGAGUCAACGGCUCUCUCUUUACGUCAUCACGGCUGUUUUUCGUAGGAGCACGAGAAGGUCAUCUCCCACGUGUGCUGGGUAUGAUCCACAUGGAACGCUGCACGCCCAUCCCUGCACUGAUCUUCACGUUGGUCACCUCUCUGCUGAUGCUGUGCACCAGUGACAUCUACACCAUGAUAAACUACGUGGGCUUCAUCAACUACCUCUUCUAUGGCAUCACUGUCGCCGGGCAGAUUGUCCUGCGCAUCAAACAGCCCGACAUGCACCGACCCAUCAAGGUGAGCCUCGUGUGGCCAGUGUUCUACCUGCUCUUCUGGGCCUUUCUGCUGAUCUUCUCUGUCUACUCUGAGCCCGUGGUCUGUGGUGUCGGACUGGCCAUCACCAUGACUGGGGUCCCUGUCUAUUUCUUUGGAGUCUACUGGGAAAAGAAGCCUCAGUGGUUAGAUACCGCUCUCGGCAAAAUGACUCACCUGUUCCAAAAGCUGUGUUGGAUGGUCGACCCAGGCUCAGGGGGAAACUGAAGUAGCCCUAACAAAAAGGACAUGUGGAAAGUGAUGCACAGACUCUUACUUACAGCACUGGACGUGGACGUUUGGACACCAACUUGUUGGUGAUUGGCUGGGCUCCAUUCAGCACUGUUUGUUUACACACUGUACAGAAACUGAUUGUCACUGAGAUGUUAUUGUUUUCCCUGCAGCAUUUAAACCACGCAUACUUGUUAAUAUAUCAGUCUUGGAAGCAGCUGGAAAAGGAAAGAAAAUUAAAAUAUUUUUAUAUGUUUUCAUAAAAUGAUU